CUUUAGUCUUAUUUUGCCUUGUGGCGAUGAGCGGAGCACACUGGGACUGGCGAACUGCAUUGUGGGCCGGUAGUCCAGUCCCUGCUCCCGUUUGGCGCUUUGUUAGCUAAUGCUAGCGAUGUAGUCCAGUAGAUUAAACUCCACCAGCUUCUUUACUCGCGACCUGAAAACUAUAUUUUAGCGCGCUUACAUUCAUUUCACACACGAUGCCAAAUUUCUGCGCGGCUCCGAACUGCACCAGAAAAAGCACCCAGUCUGAUUUGGCUUUCUUUCGGUUUCCGAGAGAUCCUGAGAGAUGUAGGCUGUGGGUGGAGAACUGUCGGCGUGCAGACCUAGAAGAGAAAACUCCAGACCAGUUGAACAAACACUACCGACUGUGUGCAAAGCACUUCGAGCCAGCAAUGAUAUGCAAAACCAGCCCUUACAGGACCGUGCUGAGGGACACCGCCAUUCCCACCAUUUUUGAUUUAACCAGCCACCUCAGCAAUCCACAUAGCAGACAUCGCAAACGAAUCAAAGUUUUGACAGAUGAAGAGGUCCGGAAGAUAAAAGAGAGGAGAUUGGAGUCUUCGAUUGAACAGUUGCUGGCCAAAAAGGACAAAAAUGACAGUCAGGAUGGCAUGGAGACCAAUGAUGAUGUACCACAGUUAACACCACACCAGAGAGAACUAAGAGAGUUCUUAAGGUCUUUGUUUGAAGUGAUCGUUUUGAUAGGAAAACAAAGCUUCCCGUUGAGUUUGCAUUCAGAAGAUGAUCAGGACAGCCAUCCGGUGAUCAUGAGCACCUUUCAAGCCCUGCUAGAAAACCGCAUUAAUGCAGGGGACAAAUUCUUAAGAGGGAAAUUUGAAGCCACAGCUGUUAAUGAGGAAUAUUGGCCAGCCACGCAGCAGAGGAAACUGCUGGAGGUUUGUGAGAGAUACGUUCGAGAGGAGCUUCUCCAGGAAGUAAGGGAGAGUCGCUUUUUUUCGCUUGUGACCGGGGAGCUGGUGGAGUUUUCAGAGGGCCAGCACAUCCCAGUGUUCUUGCGUUUUGUGGACCAAACCAACACUCUUAGAGAGGAGUUCAUAGAGUUCCUCUCAUUCGAGGGAGAGGAACUUUCUACGGCUGAUAAAUUGGAGUCUCACGUCACAAAGCAGUGGGGACUGAGUAUGGAACACUGUAGAGGCCAAGCGCAUGCUGUCUCCGGUGUACUUGGCAGUAGAAUGAAGGCCAUAGCCACCCAGCUGAUGGAGAGAUACCCCAUGGCCGUUAAUACUCCUUGCUCUACCUGUGCACUUAACGUUCACCUAGCAAACAGCAUGCCCCUGACUGGAGUUCAGGUUGUGAUGUCGGUUCUGAAGAAGGCAGACUCAUUUUUUAAGGCAUCGCCGCUCCUGCAGGUUGAAUUAGACGGUGCCAUCUCGAUUCUCUUUCAGGACAACGUGGAGAAAGGGAAUGAUCUUAAGGAGAGCUGUCGUGCAACUUGGAUGGACCUGCAUAAUGUGUUUGAGAUGGCUGUAGAUUUGUUGGAGCCACUUCUGCUCUGCAUGGACAGUGUACAUGACAACGAAGACUUGAAGUGGAACGACGAAAUCACAAGCAACGCUUACACAAUCUCUGAGGCUUUGGCAGACUUUGAAUUUGUCGUCACUCUGGUUGUACUUAAGAACGCUCUCUCCUUCACAAGAGCGUUUGGCAAGAACCUACAAGGAGAGACACUGGAUGUGUUUUUCGCAGCCAGCAGUCUGACGGCGGUCUUGCAUUCUUUGCAUGAGGUUAUAGACAAUAUUGAGGUUUACCAUGAGUUUUGGUUCGAGGAAGCAGUGAACCUGGCUACCGCUAUGGAGAUCCCAGUCAAAGUCCCAAGGCUGUUCCUCAGGAAGCAGCAGGCAAUGGAAUCUGUGGAAAUACAGGCUGAGUCAUUCUUCAAAGAGUACCUAACCCUUCCAGUCAUGGACUACAUCAUUCAGGAGGUUAAGGACAUCUUCUCAGAGAACCACCUCAAAGCUCUAAAGUGUCUGUCACUUGUCCCUGCAGUCAUGGGCCAGAUGAAGUUCAAUACGUCUGAAGAGGCCCAUGCGGACGUGUUUAGGAGUGACCUUCCCCAGCCAGACACACUGCCUGCAGAGCUGCAUUGCUGGAGGAUCAAAUGGAAGCACAGAGGGAAGGAAGUGAGCCUGCCGUGCACCAUUCAUGAGACUCUGCAUCACUCGGAUGUCAAGUUCUUCCCCAACGUCAAUGCAUUUCUGAAAAUUCUGGCCUCUUUGCCAGUAUUAAAGCUUGGGAGUGAUCAAGGAGAGAUUGGUCAGAAGCGCUUACAGGCUUACCUUUUAGACACACCGGUCAGCCACAGGUCAAAGAAUCUGGCUGUGUUAAAUAUCAAUUAUCACAUAAAAAUGGAUCUAGAGGAAAUGGUUGAAUGUUACAUAAAAAGUUAUCCGGAGGAUGAAAUUGAUUAAAAAUUGGUAGCUCUACAGAGACUUAAUUUGUCGCCUGUCUAUCCGUUUUUGGAAACCUCAUCUUAAACAGCCUGUGCAGAGGCUCGGUUAGUUGAAAGCAGGUAUAUUUUUAUAAUUGCUGUAUGUAGAUUUUGACUGCAUUUAACUUUGUGGACUGGUGUUACAAAGCUCUCCGACUGGAUGACAGAUGUUGCAUUCUCUUUGUUUGAAUACAAACAGUAAUAUUCCCCUUAAUUAAAAGUGUAAAUAAAAGACAAUUUUAAUACA